AUGAAGCUUUCUAAUCACUCAACUGUCCCGGUAUAUACGAUCUCCGGCUCCUCGACUGCUCGACCUCUCCCAGAAUGGCUUGCCCGGAGACGAAAACGGAGUUUGAAAGCAGAUGCGGAAUAUUCAAACAGGGUGGAACUGCUUCAAGAUUUCGAGUUUGAAGAAGCAAGUCAAUGUAUUCGGGUCAGUGAUGACGGUCAAUGGGUGAUGAGCACAGAUCGCUCCCUGGAAUUUCAUACUCCCUCCGGGCGCCACUACACGACACGUCUACCGCGAUAUGGCAGGGAUUUAGUGUACGAUAAGCAGUCGGCAGAAGCUCUCGUACCUGCUGUUGGGGUCAACGAAAAUGGGAUGGGAGAGGUUUUUCGCCUGAACCUAGAACAGGGGAGAUAUAUGCGUGGUUAUGAAGUUGAGGUUGGGGGCGAUGAUUUCACUUCGCUCGGCGGAGGUGCUCUCCAGGGAGGUAUAAAUACAGGGAGUGUUAAUACCGGGGCUGUGGCCGAAGACAGCCAUAACUUACUCGCCUUUGGGACAUCUAUUGGAACCGUUGAGCUCUGGGACCCUCGCGCCAAAGCAAGGGCCGCUGUGCUCCCGCCCCCUACAAACUCACAACACACUGAAGGUAAAUCUGAAAUUACCGCCCUGGAAUUCAACAGGUCCGGGCUUAGUCUUGCAACUGGAUCAUCCACGGGUCUCAUUCAUCUGUAUGAUCUUCGAUCGCCCAUCCCUUUGCUUGAAAAAGACCAAGGCUACGGAUACCCGAUUCAUACAUUAACUUUCCUUACCUCGUCUAUUUCCACACGCGAACAGACAAGCGAUCCAAAAAUUAUGUCAGCUGACAAGCGUAUUAUUAAAAUAUGGGAUGAACGGGACGGUGCCCCAUGGACAUCUGUGGAGCCAGCUGUUGAUAUCAACAGUGUGGCCUGGUGCAAAGACAGUGGCAUGAUACUAACAGCCAAUGAAGGACGACAGCAACAUUCCUUCUUCAUUCCCCAGCUAGGACCCGCACCCAAGUGGUGCGCAUUUUUGGAUAACCUUGUUGAAGAAAUGGCAGAUGAUCCCAAUGAUCCUCAUGCAUUCGCUACCGGCCAGUCAGGUUCUGUUUACGACAACUAUAAGUUCCUCACUGUUCCUCAGUUGCGCACUCUCAACCUUGACCAUCUUAUUGGAACUACUACGCUUCUACGCCCCUACAUGCACGGUUAUUUUGUUGCGCAGCGCUUGUAUGAAGAGGCACGGUUAAUCGCCAAUCCAUUUAUAUGGGAAGAGGAACGGGACAAAAAGAUUAAGGAGAAGAUUGACAAAGAGAGAGAGAGCCGUGUUCGUGGAAAGAAGAAGGUGGCAGCGAAGGUUAACAGGAGACUUGCUGAAAGAUUGCUUGAGAAAGAAGAGAAGAGAGAUCGACUUCAAGCGCAAAAAGUGUUGGCACAAGGAGGUGAUGAGGCUACUGACAAAGAGGAUAAGGAUACCAGCAUGGCUGAACCCAGCACUGGCGGUCUUCUUGGCGAUUCACGUUUCAGCAAAUUGUUUGACGAUCAAGACUUCACCAUUGAUGAAAACUCGAGAGAGUAUCUCCUCGUGCAUUCAGGUAAAGCUCCAGCAGCAACUUCCAGGCCAGAAAGGGGCUUGACCGCGGUUGAAGAGGAGGCUAUCGACGAAGUACCAGGGUCAAGUUCAGAUGAGGGGUCUUCAGAAGAUGAUGCCCCGCGAGCAGUGAGAGAACCGUCAUCGAAACAGAUAUCUACGUCAUCAUAUAGGCGGAGUAAACCAAAACAGCCUCAGAUGCAGGUUACCUCAUCUUCCAAAGUUUCGCGAACUCACGAUCGUUCAUUUGAGUCUAGAAUCCGCAAGCAUCAGACUAAGGAACGGCCUUCAGUCGGUCGGUCAGGGGGGGAGAAAUCAGUCACUUUCGCUCCCCAGUCGAAGCCUAAGCCCAGACCGACAACAGACAACGUCGAUCGGGGAAGCUACCGAAAGAAAGAUCGCAGGAGUGCCUCUGGUAAUACAUUCAGAAAUAUGUAA